AUGUCGCCAGCAGAGCACUCGGGUAUAGCUGCAGAGCCACCAAGCACUAGCAAUUUCCAAGAAAUCAAGUAUGAAAUCCAAGGUCAAAUCGCGAUUGUAUCGUUGAAUCGCCCCAAAAUUCGAAAUCCAAUUUCAAGAAAAACCACUGAAGAGCUCGACAACGCCUUCAAAGCUGCAGCUGCUGAUGAUGCUGUCAAAGUUAUCAUUCUGAGAGGCGAAGGAUCCUGUUUCUCUAGUGGUCAUGACCUUGGAAGUCCCUCCAGGAAGGAUGACAAGAUCAUCUCGAAUUUGGAAGCUCGUGGUGUUCGAGGUACUUACGAGGUCUGGAGCUCUCUCGACGUCGAGAUGUGUCUGAAAUGGAGGCAGCUCCCCAAACCGAUAAUUGCAGCAGUGCACGGAUAUGUGAUCUUCCAUGCAACUGCUCUGGUUUCGAUCUGUGAUCUCGUAGUGGCAGCAGAAGGGACCAAAUUUAUGCCAACGAUGCUACAAUAUUGCAGCCUUCCAUACGAUCUAGGCCUGAACAUUCGAAAGGCCAAAGAAAUAAUGUUUACGCAACGGUUUAUGCUCGCCGAAGAGCUUGAGCAACUUGGGAUUGUCAACAGAGUCGUUCCAUUGGACAAGCUGAUGAGUGAAGCUACAGCACUAGCUUCUCUGAUAUGUGACCGAUGUGAUCCGUUUCAAUUGCGGAUGAUGAAGGCAUCUGCUAACUCGAUGCAAGAUGCAGCUGGAUUUACUACGUCUUUGCGAUACAACCUGGGAUACUACGCAACGAGACGAGCUUCUGGGAAUGAUGAAGGGGCAUCAAAUGUCGCAGACUGGAGGGCUACGAAGCGAAUGGCUCCAAUAGCCGAAGGAGAGCAGGGUGAGAGUAUGUACUGGAGCACAACUGCACCGUUAUCAGCUUCAUCAAAAAGAGGAAGGUCUAAACUGUGA